UGCGGAUCUUUGGCUGCGCUCACCUCUACCACCACAGCUAUGGCUCCUCCACCUCCUGCCCCCAAACCAGCGGAUAGAAAUACCCUAACAGGCGAGAUUCCGGAGACAAAGGAUGGUGUGGACACCGACGACACGACCAACGGGAUUCGUGUCUUUGAUCCAGCCUUUCUCAACACUGCUGCCAUAAGCUCCAAGAUCACAUUUAUCGAUGGUGGUAAGGGUUUCUUGAUGCACAGGGGGUACCCUAUCGAACAACUCGCGGAGAGAUCCGACUUUCUGGAAACGGCCUACUUGCUCAUCUACGGCGAGCUGCCGAGUAAGAGCCAGAGCGAGAUAUGGAAGUUUGAGGUGAUGCAUCAUACCGAGAUUGCGGACGAUCUUGCGAAGGUUAUUGGGAGUAUGAGAUAUGACUCCCAUCCCAUGUCGGCAAACCCGGCCCUGCAGGGUCGGAACCUGUACAUCCACGACAAAGCCAUAAUGAACAAAAACAUCAUCCGUAUAAUCGGUAAAUCUGCCACCGUCGCCGCGGCGAGCAUGCGCGUGCGCAUGAACCGACCCUUCAUCGCUCCACGCUCGGACAUGGGCUUCGCCGAGAACAUGCUGUACAUGAUGGACGCCACGUCCGACGCGGAGAACUACAAGCCGGACGCGAGGUUAGCCAAAGCGCUGGAGGCUCUGUUCAUCCUGCACGCGGACCACGAAAUGAACUGCUCGACCGCGGCGAUGACACACGUGGGCUCCUCCCUGGUGGAUCCUUACUCGGCCGUCUCGGCCGCCGCCGCAGCGCUCUACGGCCCGCUACACGGCGGCGCGAACGAGGCGGUCAUCCGCAUGAUCGAGAAGAUUGGGGCGGUGGAGAACAUCCCGGCCUUUAUAUCUGCCGUCAAGGCCAAGAAGGAACUCCUCUUCGGCUUCGGCCAUAGAGUCUACCGUAACACCGACCCGCGUAGCAAGAUCAUUCGUGAGGUGGCGGAAACCGUGUUCGCAGCCUGCGGCCACGAGCCACUCAUUGAAGUCGCUACUGCACUCAAAGACGCCGCCCUUGCAGAUCCCUGGUUUGUGGAAAAGAAGCUGUACCCGAACGUGGAUUACUGGUCCGGCUUGAUUUACCGCAGUCUGGGAUUUCCGCUGGAUUUUUUCCCAGUGCUAUUUGCAGUGCCUAGGGUCGCAGGCUGGCUUGCGCACUGGAAGCAGGCCAUCGAGGCGAGUAACCCAAAGAUUUGGAGACCCAGGCAGGUUUACGUAGGCCCGCAGGUUAGGGAUUACGUACCUAUCGAGUGCAGGUUGGAGAGGGAGAUUCGGGAUGGGAAAGAAGGGAUUUUGGGGCUACCGGCAUGUAUCCUUUUGUUUUUUCCCAGCCUUCUCAAAGUGUGGCUGAAUUGGGAUGUGCUGAUGAUACUGGGGGUGAUAGCACUACCAGUCGAGAAGAAGACUGGGUGCCAAGUUGUAAAUAGGUUGGAGUCCGCGCCCAAGAGUUUCAUUUCCUUCCCUUUUCAUUUCUUUUCCGGCUGGAGUGUGUGCGUGCGCGUUUCGCUGCGUUACAUCAUAGCCAAUUCCAUCUCUCCUCCUAUCAACAUCAAAUAUCCCUCCACCGAGUGAUCACCCGUGAAUUCACAGUCACGUGCGCGGAAAUGGUGUGUAGAAAAGGAGAAAGAAAAGCUUCACGCACA